CCUCACAAUUUUAUCAAACCGGCUGCCACAUCUCUCGUAAAAGUUGCGAUGUUUUGCGUGAAACUCAGUUGUGAAGUGUGGUUAGUGAUAUUUGGGACUUUGGUGGCUGUUUUGUUAAGGGGUUGCACCACUUUACACCCUUAUUCGGGAGAAGGGUCACCGCCUAUGUAUGGAGAUUAUGAAGCUCAAAGGCACUGGAUGGAAAUCACCACAAAUUUGCCCAUUACCGAAUGGUACAAGAAUGGGAGUGAGAAUGACCUGAUGUAUUGGGGGCUGGACUACCCUCCUUUGACUGCUUACCACAUGUUUGCAGCUGGAAAAUUGGCAGAACUUAUUAAUGAAAAUUAUACAAAAUUGCACGAUUCGAGAGGCUUUGAAAGCGACGAACAUAAAUUGUUUAUGAGAUACACAGUCCUUGUGGUGGAUAUUCUAGUCUACAUUCCAUCCUUAGUGGUUUAUUUUUAUGCCACAGAAUGUCAAGGAAGCGACAAGAAAGUGAAACCCUUGUCACCAUCCUUAUCCACGAUUUUGGGGCUGCUUUAUCCCGGAAUUAUACUGAUAGACCAUGGACACUUUCAAUACAAUUGUGUAUCAUUAGGACUCGCGAUUUUCGCCACAGUUUUCGUUCUUAAAAAGUUCAACAUCGCCGCAUCGAUUUGUUUCUGUGCAGCUUUAAACUACAAACAAAUGGAACUUUACCAUUCGUUACCGUUCUUUAUGUAUUUGCUAAGUUCGUGUGUACCCAAACCCGGCCAAAGCACCACAAGUGGCAUUAUCAAACUAUCAAAAAUCGCAGUAACCGUCGUCUUGUCAUUUUUGACAAUUUGGGCGCCAUUUUUAUUCAAUAUGGACGAUUUCCUUGUGGUUUUGCAACGCCAGUUUCCGUUAAGUCGCGGUGUAUUCGAAGACAAAGUUUCAAAUUUUUGGUGCGUUUUAAACAUUUUUUAUAAACUCAAACUCCGUUUUACGAAUUAUGAAAUGAUGCGAAUUUGUUUGUUUGCCACGAUUUCUAUGGUUUUUCCCUCCAGUAUCGAUCUUUUCCUUCGCCCCAGUUCAAAGAAAUUUGUUUUAGCCCUAAUCAACUCUUCCUUGGCCUUUUUCUUGUUUAGUUUUCAAGUUCAUGAAAAAACUAUUUUGUUGGUAGCGAUUCCGGUCAUCUUGUACUUCCCCCAAAAACCAUUCGUUUGUUUCUGGUUCCUUUGUUUGUCAGUUUUCAGUAUGACGCCACUGCUGUACAAAGACGGUCUUGUUAUAGCCACUGUUGCGCUGAUGAUUUUCUACAGCACUUCGUUCCAAGUCUCGAUUGAACACUUCUAUAGGAACUACCUUAACGCUUCCGAUGGGUUAGCUGAGUAUUACCGCAGUCUUUUGCACGUUCUUUUGAAUAUAGAGUACAAAAAGGCCACGCAGCUAGAUAUUUUGAAACUGACUUAUAAGGAGAUUGUGAGAAAUAGAAAAACUUUGAAGCAAUUUGCAUUUCAUUUGUUUAUGUUCACGUCUUUGAUGGGUUCUGUAUUUCUCUCGUUUCUGCUUCUGGUUUUUGAUCCUCCGGAGAGAUAUCCGGAUUUGUUCCCCCUUUUGAUUUCAGCGUAUUCAGCUGUUCAUUUUUUCGGGUUCUUUGUUUAUUUUAAUGUGCAACAGAUCAAGAUUCCUCAAGAAUUUGAUGAUAUUAGAAAUGUAAAGUUGAAAUCUUCGUAGUAUGUUAUUGAUAAUUUGUAAAUAAAAGUUAAUUUAUCA